CAUGUGCAAUCUAUUUAUAUUAAAAGAGAAAUCACAGCCAGAAUUUCUAUGAUCUCAAGAAUUAAUCUUUUUUGGUUUCCAAGAUUAGUGGAUGGGUUUUGGAAUUUUGGGUUUUAUCCUUUUUCUCUCUAGAUGUGAGCUGGUAGUGUUUUGUGGUGGUGUUCAUGAGAAAAUAGCUUCGUUCUCCCUCCAAACAAUUCCACAUUCUGGUUUUCUAAGGCCACCUUUGAAAGGAGGUUCAAGCUUCACUAAGGAGGCAGCUGAAAUAGUGGUUUUGGUCAUUGAUGAGGAAGGCGUGGAGUCACUCAUAUCAGAGCUUGUGAAAGCUGUCAAUUGGACAAAGCUGUUUUGGUCUUCACACGAACAGUUUUCUUGUUCUUCAAAUAACAAAUUUUGACUUUUUCUUUUAUUGUGGCUUUGAUGAUGUGUAUGUUGUAUUUUUCAAAUAAUAAUUUUUAUUUUUUGUUGACAAA